GAAAAAAAGUUUCACUCCUCCAUCCCCAUUCCCGAAGUCAUAAACCUCCACUCGCGGACUUGCCAUGACGUCCGUACCGCUACCACCCCUCUCCGCCGCCCUCGCCCAAUAUCGCCCCUCCGCGGCCGCCACCCUUCGCUUCCGCACCCCCUCUUCCGCGCCCGGCGUUUCGGCUUCUUCGUCUACCCGGGCGCGCAGGUUCUCGGUUAUCGCGUCGGCGCGCGAGAUGCCGUGGCCGCACGUGCUGACGGUGGCCGGCUCCGACUCCAGCGCCGGCGCGGGCAUCCAGGCGGACAUCAAGGCGUGCGCGGCCCUAGGAGCCUACUGCUCCUCCGUAAUCACUGCUGUCACCGCGCAGAACACCGUCGGCGUCCAGGGGAUCCAUGCUGUGCCGGAGAAGUUCGUGGGAGAGCAGCUCAGGUCGGUUCUCUCGGACAUGUCGGUGGACGUGGUGAAAACAGGGAUGCUCCCUUCAGCUGGAGUAGUCAAAGUUCUGUGUGAGAGUCUUAGGAAGUUUCCAGUCAAAGCUCUAGUGGUGGAUCCGGUCAUGGUGUCCACCAGCGGUGAUACUCUUUCAGGACCAUCUACUCUCGCUACAUAUAGGGAUGAACUAUUUUCUAUGGCUGAUAUAGUCACUCCAAAUGUGAAAGAAGCAUCUAAGUUACUUGGUGAUGUAUCAUUGCAUACAAUUUCUGACAUGUGCAAUGCAGCUGAAUCCAUUUAUAAACUUGGUCCCAAAUAUGUGCUUGUGAAAGGCGGGGAUAUGCCAGAUUCAUCAGAUGCAAUUGAUGUGUUAUUUGAUGGUAAGGAGUUCACUGAGCUUCGUGGUCUGCGUAUAAAGACCCGUAACACACAUGGAACUGGUUGCACAUUAGCUUCAUGUAUUGCUGCUGAAUUAGCAAAAGGCGCAACGAUGCUGCAUGCUGUCCAGGCUGCGAAGAAAUUUGUGGAAUCUGCUCUUUAUCACAGCAAAGAUCUUGUGAUUGGAAAUGGACCUCAGGGCCCUUUUGACCACCACUUCGAGCUCAAGUCUCCAUCAUACAAGAUGGGAUCACUGCAAAAGUUCAAUCCAGAUGACCUCUUCCUGUACGCAGUGACAGACUCUGGGAUGAACAAGAAGUGGGGUCGUUCGAUAAAAGAUGCCGUGAAAGCUGCCAUUGAAGGUGGCGCUACCAUUGUCCAACUGAGAGAAAAAGACGCCGAGACACGGGAGUUCUUGGAAGCUGCCAAGGCCUGUGUGGAAAUCUGCAAGUCCAGUGGAGUGCCGCUACUGAUCAAUGACCGCGUAGAUGUUGCUCUGGCAUGCGACGCAGAUGGCGUCCACGUUGGCCAAUCAGACAUGCCAGCAUGGGAAGUACGACGGCUCCUAGGACCUGGAAAAAUCAUCGGCGUCUCAUGUAAAACCCCGGCCCAGGCCGAGCAGGCAUGGAAGGAUGGCGCAGACUACAUCGGCUGUGGCGGUGUCUUCCCGACCACGACGAAGGCAAACAACCCUACCUUAGGGUUCGAGGGCUUGAGGACUGUGUGCUUAGCUUCGAAGCUACCUGUGGUGGCCAUCGGCGGCAUCAAUGCUGGAAAUGCAGGCUCGGUGAUGGAGCUUGGGCUCCCAAAUCUGAAAGGUGUGGCUGUGGUCUCUGCUCUGUUUGACCGGGAACGUGUCGCGGCUGAGACAAGAAACCUCAGAUCCAUCCUGAUGAAGAAUGCUUACUCAAGGUCUUAGAGCAAGUUGGGAUAUGCCGCCUGUUCAUUUACUUUCUUUGUUUAGGCCCGAAAUAAGUUUGUAAUCAAUCACUUUGUCAUAAGGAGAAACCAAACAGGCGCUGCAAUCUUCAAUAAACCGGAGUCAUUAUUUCUCUGGAAAAGAACAAUUCUGUGACAUUUCCGAAGUGUGAUACAUUUCAAAGGCACUGAACUGUGUAAUAAGAAAUCAAUAAUGUACCAGAACUA